CGUGGACACAGCACAGAAACAAAUGCAAAUGGCUGCCAUGAACAUGUGUAGAGAAGGAUCGAUUAGCGGUCUCUCACUGGAAUGAUUUUAUUUGUACAAUGUUUUCUGUUUGCGAGCAUUUGGUGUCAGGGUGUGGAAUCUUACAGGAUUGUCUUCACGUCGACUAUCGAUCACGAUCGACUGCAGGAUGAUAAAGAUAAUUGGUUGUCUGAAACAGAGAUAGAGAGAAGAUCAGAGAAAGGAGGAGGACAUGAGAGGAGGAGACGGAAGAGCGGGAGACAAGAGAUCAGUUUUGAGAGAAAACAACCAAGAUGUCUUAGGAAUAUCCAAAUGAUGAGACGAGGUGCUAAUAACCUGCCCAUACAGUUGGUCAGCAUGGUGGAGGAAGGGGAGGCCACUCAGUUCACCUGCCACUAUUGUGGUGACAAAACAACAAAAUUUGUGUCUAUGGCAUGGUAUCGCUUGACUCGACAGAGGACAUCAGGAAAGUACGCUCUCAAGGAGGUUGAACUGGAUAUGCAUGACGACGAGUCGAAGAACCGAGUUUACAUCGGCGCUGACCACACUCUCUACAUCAAGCAGGCUAGGAAAGGUGACAUGGGCACCUAUUUCUGCCGAGACUAUACGAAGAAGGACGAGAAGAUCCAGAUGUCUAUGGCUGACGAAAGUAUUUACAGCUUCCUCUCUGACAAUGGGACGUUCCGGUUCAUGUAUCAUUUUGAUGUGUUGCUGACGUCGCAGAUGGCUGUGAGGGAAAUAUCUAGGUCAUCCAAGGACCCUGCGAUGGUUCCAGCAAAACCAAGAAACUACGCCAAUCACAACCUGGUGAUGACCACAUCCUGGGAGAAGUGGGGCGUGUGCAACGUGUGUGGUCGUGUCGGGAAGAAGAAGAGACUAGGUAUUUGCUACAUCAAGAAGAUCGAUCAACAGAGGAAGUGCAAGCCGUGGUAUAUCAACGCCGUAAUGACGUCAUAUCCUGUCGGUGUUCCGUGUCGAUCAUCACUGUUUCACGGACAUCAGGCAAUCAAACCGAGGCCAGAUGAAAUCGAAGCUGAGUUCUGCGAAGUACCCUGCGUUGCAGGCUUGAUGGGGUUGAAUAACACAAACAAGGGUGCAAUUUCUCCCGAUGGAAUCAAAACAACACUCUCCUUUGGAAAAGGCAAAGCCAAGGUGAAGAAGUGGCGGGCAAUGACGAAGGACGAAGGCUCUUCAGUGAACCUAACUUGUCAUGACGUUCCCGUGGAUACCCCGGUGGUGUGGCUGAACAACUCCCGAGUUAUUGACGUCAACAGCACUGAUGACAGAGUCCUGUUCCACGCCGACAACGUUCUACAGAUCUCCCCCAUCGCUCUGCACGACACCGCUACGUACCACUGUUUGGCUGGUGGAAAGGUCAAGGCUAAGAUCAAGUUGACAGUGGUCCCCCGUGUGCAUCUUGAUACAGCCUCCUGGACGCACGCCCUGCUGACCUCGCUAACCUAUCCCGCUGACCUGGUCUUGUUCCUGCUUCUGAUGGUGAUCAAGCACCGACAUCGCCAGACAGGUCAACGCCUGACCAGGAAGCAACUUCGGGAAGUGGAAUCUGCAUCCAGUCGGGUCUCCAGUCGGGUCUCCAGUCGGGACCCCAUCCUGGUCUUCGAGGCCGUCCCUACAGAGGACUCCAGCAGCAGCAAUGGACACACUCCCAGCUCCUCAGGAAGUGGGACUUCUUCCUCAACAUCAUCUGGCAGUUCCUAGCAGAUACGAAUAUGCUAUAUUGAAAUGUUGUUUUCUCUAUAGAUGCCAAGGAGAAUACACCCAAGUCACGAGA